AUGGUAGUUACAUGCUCGGCUCAAACUACAACAGAAGCACCUAGUGAUGCAACUACACUUAAUAUGACCACAGCAGAGGUGGGACCAACCAAAAAUAUGACAACAGCGAAGGAACCGGACACAGACGCUGCCAACGACUCCACAACCACGAAACCCAAUACCGAAGCACCAGCACCUGACAAAACGUCACCCGAGGCACAAACCACCAAAGCACCCAUGACUGAUUCACCGACAGAGAGCCCUGCUGUUGGUACCACCGAUAAGGCAGCGGAUAGCGGUAGCAGUAAAGGUUUUAGUGCCGGUAGUUUCGUUGGCGGUAUCAUCUUAGCUGUAGCGGUUCUUGGUAUUGGAUUUUGUGGAUUUAAAUUCUAUCAGUCAAGACAGGAUAAGAAUUACCAAACACUAUAGACACUGAAAACACCAAAGACUACCUUUUUCUUAUCUUUUUAGUUCCUUUUAAUAGAUAUUGUGUAAUUUAUAACAACUACGGAGGGAGGGGGCGGGAUGGGGUGGUUAUGUUGCAUUUUUGCCCAAGUAUGAGGUAUUCUCGUCAGUUAAAACUAUUUAUAUCAAGGUUUGUGAUUUUGUCUGUCGGAUUUUCAGAGAUAUUUUUGAUGGUGGUUUGUUUGUGAUAACUUGAUUAUCUGGUGAUUAUUUGAUGUCCAUUGCCUUUCAUUAUUAUACACAUAGUGAUUGAUAUUUCAAACUGAAUGUCGUGAAUCACGUCAUACAUGUAUCUUUAUUUAAGGGAGUAAAAUGUAUUCUUGACUGAACAAAUUUUAUUGUCAAGUGGUUUAAGCACUGGGCUUCAGGUUUUUCCUCCCAUAGAAAGUGAUUACAAAGACCCUGUACAUGUACAUGUAGAUGUGGCCUGGAUAUUGCUGGUAAUCAAACUAUUAUAAUACGUGAAGUUGUUUAUGAACAUAUGAUUGUGUUCCUAAAUAGAAAAAGAAAAUGUUCAAUACAAAAUCAUUGCAUGUAUUUGUACGAAAGAGAAUAAUUAAAAAUGACGGCCUCUAGAAAAAGGUAAAAUAGUCCCAACGGUUUUGGUAAAUGGGGUCAUUUGAUGCAUGUUAACAUGCAAAUCUACCUUUAGAGGGUCUACCUAUAAUCUACACCUAGACCUACAUGUACAUUUCCACAGGGUGGAGUUAUUCUUUAAGACACUCUUUCUUUUGGCAUGUACGUGUACACUAUUAAUCUAGUGGACAUACAAAAGGGUAUAUUUCAAUUGGUUAUCAAAUGUUGUGGACUUAUGCAUACAUAUAUCAUCCUCAAGCUUUAUUUUUGUCAGUGUUCAACUUGAUUAUUGACAAUAUGAAAAUGAAGUGGUGGAAUUUUAAUUAUUCUCCCAAUGUUAUUUUUGUGAACCUCUUUUUGAAGCAAAAUUUUGUAUGUGUAAUUCUUUUUACAUGACACAAGAGGCUUACCCCCCCCCCCUCCCCAUCAAAACCAAAUGCACACACUCAAUAUACCACACACUAUCCGAUUCCUAUGAAUGAUGAUGCGGAAUUAAUUUUUACCUUCAAAAGAUUUUGAAUGGCUCAUUAAGCAGGCUUUCAGUCCUAUUUAGGUGGCAGUCCUGGAUUUUUGAAGAAUUUUCAUGUCUUAGAAAGUAGAUCUGUAGAUCAUAAUAAUGACACUGUUUUUAUGUAUGUGAUUUUUGCAUAAAGUGUAAUUUAUUGUGGCCAAGACGAGUGAUACUAAAAGUAACAGGGCUGUAGAUCAUAAUGAUGACACUGUUUUUAAUGUAUGUAUGUAUGUAUGUAUGUGAUUUUUGCAUACAGUGUAAUUUUAUUGUGGCCAAGACGAGAGUGAUACUAAAAGUUGGAAAUUGACAUGAUUGGGGUGUCAUGUUUCAUGCAUGAAAGUGAUGCUUGGUUAAAUAUUUAAUUUUAUACAAAUUUGUAAUUUUGUAAAUUAAUUGGAUUGCAUGUAUUUGCAGGCUUCCAUUUAUCAGUAGCAUACAACCUACAUGUAGAUGUAGAUUGCCUCAUUUAUGCUUGAAAUGUGUCAAGCUCAAAAGCGGGGGAAAAUGAAAAUCAAUAAAUUCAUCACACGCUUGCUUUGUGGCCCACAGUAGAACAAAUAAGAUUGGCUGUCUUUGGUAUCAACAGAUGUCCUUUUUCCCCAGUGUUUCUCACAGCAUUAUGAUUUGCUUUUCAAAUGAAUGAUUUUGAUUGAAAUCUUUGUCUUUGCAGUAGUGAUAUCCCUUGUGGCAGAACUGUAAAUUCAGAGAGAAAUUAUAUUUUAUGUUUAAGAAAUUCAGUAUUACAGAAGCUAGAAUAUUUGUCACUCUUAAAUAUAUUUCAAAGAAUUUCCUCUGUAUUUUGAGGGGGUAGUUUUUGUUAUUUGGGGUUCAUGUUCGAAUACUAUACAUUUUCCUAUUCCUUAAGAUAUUACAAAUUGAUUUUAAUCUGACACUAAUUUCAUUUACAUGUAAUUUAAUGAUUUUGAUGGGACUUUCGAAGGGUUGUUUUUUAAGUUUAAAAAAAUGUAAAUAAUCCUUUCUGAAAUAGUAAAGUUGCAAUAUAAUUAUGAAUAUUAUAAAUAAAUGAUGAUAAUGAAAGAGUUUGUACUUAAUUAAACUAAUGAAAUUAAUGCAUAUGUAUAAAAUGUGUUAUAAUUGAAGUAAUACACUGUGUAAUUUGUCAUUGAGGUUUGAUGAAACACAUAUAAUCAAGUUCUUAGUAGAUUACGACCAAUACACAUCCUACAUUGUUCUCAUAAUCAUAUCCUACUUAUAUCAGUGCAUUCAUUUCCUCUUGAUACCCUAUGCUUUAGUUGGGAUAUAUGAUAUUAGAAUGGAUCUAUUCCUGGCUAUUAAGAGAUUCCUAGAUUACAUACAUGUAGUGUUGGCAAUGACACUAAUUGCAAUCACAUGUAGUAUGUACAUGUAUCUGUUAUGCAUCUGCUUUAUAUACAAAACAAUAUUUUAAUUGCAUCAUGGUCCUUGGCUGAAGCAUAAUAUGUACAUAAACUGUACAUUUAUGUCUUUUUUAUAUUGACACAGCAAUGUUUCUUAUUAAUAAAUCAUUCAAAGAAUUUUUCCUUUAAUAUUGAAAAUAUAAUUGUGAGUUGUGUGCAGAAGUCUUGCAGGAAUGUCGUGCCAUAUUCCUGGUGUUAAAGCUAAAAAGCUUCUUCCAUUUUAUAUAACAUAUACACAGAGAAUUAUAUGAACUGUAGUUGCAAAGCUGUACAUCAAAUUUGACAUACUUCACUGUUGUUUUCAAUUCAUAGACAGACAGAGAGAAUGUGGUAUUCAGUACAAGUUACAGCUACUAGCUCAUGUAGUUGCUUUUCAAUAUACUUCACAUGUGACAACUGAUUUAAAUGAAAAUAGGAAUUAAUUAUAAUAGGAAUCGUUCUAUAAACAAAUACAGGAAUUGGUCAGGGACACAGCUAGCUGAUAACAAUUUGUAAUACUCCACUCAUUUAUUUUUUGGAAAGCCAGUAAUAUUAUUUGACUUUUGUCACCUUCAUGUGGUAAAUCCUAUAUUCAUUUGUUGAAAAAGAGCAUUCUCAGUGAUUGGCCAUGCAUGGAGUCUAGAUGAAAUCCAUGAUUUUAAUAGGACACUGCAUGGCAUGCUUGGGCAUAUGCGCUCCUUUUUGGUGAAGUUUGAUCUAUCUGGUCUUUAAAGGAGAUUGAAACUCUUGGAGCAAGUUAGCUUUUGUGAAAGCAGAAAAAUCAAAGAAUAAGAUCAACAAAAGUUUGAAUAAUAUAGGACUAGCAAUAGAAGAGUUAUGAGCAUUUGAAUGUCGAGAUCACUAAUGCUAUGGAGAUCCUCCCAUUGGCAAUGCGACCAAGAUCUAUGAUGUCACAGAUGAACAACUCUCCCCUUUUGGACACUGAAAAUAUACCCCAAAACAUCUCUUUUUGCUCAUUCUAAUCAUAUGACAAACGAUUCAUCAAUGAUAUAAUGUUGUGAACCCUCUGUACUUGUCCUCUCAUAAAGAGAACACAUCACCUUGUGAUAGACUCUAUAAAAGUGAGAAUAUAAGUGAAAUAAGUACUAAAGUAAUGAGGGAGUUGUACGUGUGUGACAUCACAGAUCUUGGUCGCAUUGCCAAUGGGAGGAUCUACAUGGUAUUAGUGAUCUCAAUAUUCAAAUGCUCAUAACUUUCUUAUUAUUCAUUCAAUCUUCCUCAAACUUUCAACAAUAUGUUUCUUUGAUUUUUCUCUUUGAUAUGGAUUCAGCUGGUUUAAAGGGUUUCAUUCUCCUUUAAUAAUUGAGACUGAUUUUAAUCAAUGCCCCUCUUUUUCAGGGUGGCCCAGGUCAUAUACCAUUGUUUCAUUGUGCCUUUUGUAUGCUCCAUCCAGCUCCUCGAACAGCUGUGCACAAAAUCGAUCAAUUGAAUUUCUUUUUUUUUUAGAUCACAAUCAUUAUUACGAGGUGUUUCAUCUUUCAUAGACAGAUAAUAUUCCUUAUGCACGCAUGCUGCUGUACUUUGGCAAAUGGAAGCAAGUUACAUAAGUAUCAUUUGUUGUAAAUGAGCAACGUGUGUUCGUCAUUUGCAUAGGCGUCAAUGCAAUUUAACAGCAUAUUUUCUUCAAUAUCUUUCCAUAGAACGAUCAUUUAUUCCCCAAAAUUUUGCCUGAACGUGCAACAUACAAAGGGUGUUUCAGAAACGACAUUAACUCAAAUUUGACUGAUGUGUCACUUGCUUCCUUUUGCCAGAGUUGGGCUGUAUCCACGGCCAAUACCAGGUAUAAUAGAGGAUCUAUUUAGAUUAAUAGUGGGCAGUUGUAUAGUGUCAUUUUAUUUUGUAAAAAUCCCAUUGGUUCUGCUACAUGUUAUAAACCAAUGCCUUUUUUGUUUACUUGAAUACCAUGUACAAAAGAUUACAUCUCAAAGCAAUAACAUUGACUAUGGUAGUCUGUGUAGGCUUAGAGUGUACCGGUAUGUAUUCCAGAUUAUAAGGAAAGAAAAUUGCGUUCAACUUUCGAAAUCAUAAUCGGAACCAAACACAAUUUGUCAGGCUUUUAAACUUGAUAUUGAUGUCCAUGUAUGAAUGAUGUUACUCUUCUGAGGUAAUACUACUUCAUGCGUAUGCCUGUAAUCAGGCCAAAAUAUGUAUUUCUGCAAAUUAUGCUCUUUAGUUUUCGGAUGAAACCUACACGUAUCUGACGUAAAUUAUACACACCGACUCCCAGCACUCAAAAUAAGUAUUGCCAUGUACCGGUAUACGUAUGAACAGAAUGUACAUGUAGAUGUUUCAAGUUUUAUCAGUUGGAUUUGUAUGUAUAUUUAGUUCUUUGAUUUUGACUGAGUUCAUAGAAAAGAUGAAUUUUGUUUAGUAUUUUUAUAGUUUUUCUUUAAAAUGAUAUGGUAAUUUUUAUGUGGGUUGUGAAGUGUUUGGAAAUAUACCAAUGAUUAUUUUCAGCUUGUGUGGGUAUUUCAGUUUAAAAUACUGGUAGGUUUGUCAAUCUGCUUUCCUCAUGACGUAAUCAUUAUUUUUACUUCGGAAUUUUAGAAUCAGGAUUUUGCUACAUAACAUAUAUUAUCAUGAAU